CCCGCCCUCCUCCUCCUCUCCGCAUGCUGCGCGACGCCUGGCUUGCUUUUUGCAAGGUUUGCCGGCAAGGUUGCGCGGCUUUCCGGACCGGGAUCCUGAGCGGCGCGGCGGCGCAGCGUGCGUCCCGAGCGGAGUCGAGCUAAAGCCGGGGGGCUUCUUCAUCCUCCCCUGCGGGCUUCUGGCAUGGGAAGCAGCAGCAGCAGCAGCUGCGACCGUCGCAAGGGCUCGCCGGGGUCGUGACUGCUUGCUUGCGCGCCUCUGGGGUGAGCGCUGCUCUUCAUCUCCCCGGGAUCCGCCUGCUCGUCUCUGGCUCCCCCGCGCCGCCGCCGCCACGUUCACAUCAUCGCAGCGAUCCGGCGCCUCCUGCGGAACCAGGAGCCAAAUUGGUUAAAUCAUGGAGCUGUUGUCCACCCCACACAGCAUCGAGAUCAACAAUAUCACCUGUGACUCCUUUCGAAUUUCUUGGUCCAUGGAUGUUGGAGACCUGGAUAGGGUUACCCACUACUUCAUUGAUUUGAACAAGAAGGAAAAUAAAAGCUCCAACAAGUUCAAACACCGGGAUGUCCCUACCAAGCUGGUAGCUAAGGCAGUGGCCUUACCUAUGACAGUGAGGGGCCACUGGUUUCUGAGUCCCAGGACAGAGUACAGCGUGGCAGUGCAGACUGCAGUGAAGCAAAGUGAUGGAGAGUACCUUGUCUCUGGAUGGAGUGAGACGGUCGAAUUCUGCACAGGAGACUAUGCAAAAGAACAUCUGGCCCAGCUGCAAGAGAAAGCUGAGCUCAUCUCAGGGAGGAUGCUGCGGUUCAUGGUUUUCUAUCGGAAUCACACUAAAGAGUAUUUCCAGUACGUCAGAACACACUGUGGAGACGUCAUGAAGCCGUACUUGAAGGACAACAGUGGCAGCCACGGUUCGCCCACCAGUGGCAUGCUCCAUGGCAUCUUUUUCAGCUGCAAUACCGAGUUCAACAACGGCCAACCUCCCCAGGACUCCCCUUACGGCCGCUACCGUUUCCAGGUGCCCGCGCAGCGCCUUUUUGGUCCCAACACCAACCUCUACUUCGCGGAUUUCUACUGUAUGUACACUGCCUACCAUUACGUCAUUCUGGUGCUGGCACCCAAAGGUUCUGUAGGAGACAUCUUUUGCCGGGAGCGACUGCCCCAGUUGGACAUUUCCUGCAACAAGUUCCUGACCUGCAGCGUGGAGGACGGCGAGCUCAUCUACCGCCACGCCCAGGAUGUCAUCCUGGAGAUCAUUUAUACUGAGCCAGUUGACCUCAGUCUAGGAGUUCUGGGAGAGAUCAGCGGCCAUCAGCUCAUGAGCCUCUCGACGGCCGAUGCCAAAAAGGAUCCGAGCUGCAAGACAUGUAACAUCAGCGUGGGGCGCUAGAGAGAGGGAAGGGGUGGGGGAAGGAGAUGAAACAAACACCAAUACGAGAGAUCUUGGUGAACCCCACGGCCCUUCAAUGUACGUGUGACGAUCUGAGAACGGGGUCUACCUUGGUUGAAGGGGAUGCUGGAGAAGGCCCCUUUUUGCUGUCCUCGCCUCCUUUCUCUCCCCCUCUCUCCUUGCAUGUUUCCUUGCCAUUGUAAAUAAGAUUUUGGACUUGGGAAAUGAGAAUGAGAGAGAGCAUGCAAGCAGGUCAACGUUGAAGGAUCUGCAUUUCUAGGUUCACUUAGGAUGGCACCCUCAAUUUUUUGAGGUCUCUUCUCCAGAAAACUAUCCCAUUCUCUUCUGUUUCUCAACCCAAGCUCCAAACGGACAUUUCACUUUUUCCCCACACAGCAGGGAGUCUGGCCAGUCUGAUGAACACGUAGUUUCCUAAACCAACAAUACUACCUAGAAGUAGAAGUAGAAGCUUCUCCAUCUUGCAAUCUGCUCCUUUUGGCCCAUUUCUCCACACAAUGUACAGUAUUUCCACCUCCCACCCAUGGAUUCUCUUCAUCCGUAGCAUGAUUUACUUUUUUUGAAGAAGUAUGUUGAAGGUUGGAAGAAGAUGUCUCCCCACCACCUUCAUGAAAGGGUUCUGGGUUAAAAGAUCAGCUGGCACAAAGACCUCCUCAACUAGGCUUAGUGGGUAGAACAAGCUUAAAGAAACCUGGGAGUCUUACCAAGAGAUUCUUUCUUUCUUUUGCUCAUUUCCACGGGGUGUGACACCUUAUUAUUUAUGUCCUUUAUUUAUUUUGACUGAAGAAGGAGAAGAAGAAGGGAAGAGGGAGACAACAGGUUCAAACAGGUGUGCUAGAAACUGGAAUGCUGAUGGGGCGAUGUUGCUAUGCAAACAUACCCAACUCGGCUUCCCUGUUUUCCAUGAUAACCGGUUACACAUCUGGGCUGGCAAAGCUCCCACCCGCAUCUUGAUCUGGGUUGCAGGUUCUGAAGACGGGGAAGAAAGAAAAUGGAGCCCCCUCCAUGGUGCAGGCAGGAGAGUAAGGUGG